AUGAUGCAAUCAACCGUUCGAUCGCAGCCUCAAUUCUGCAGCAAAAGGUGGUCUGAAAUUGAUGAUCCGAGUAAAUCAAACCGCGCAAGAGACAAAAGCUUAGAUCAGGAUGAUGUAGGUAUGAAAAGCCUACGGAAACACUCCAGGGAAGAUAAAACAGUCUCGCCCCUCCUGCUCCACGCCCGGCGCACGUUUGAUGGACCAGAGCAUCAAAGCAAUGUGCAUUGGGCAUCACCGAACUAUCAAAAAGCUUUUUCGUCAAGCCGGCAAAAAAACUUAUUGACUGCCAGUAUUGGCUUACAAAAUGUCUUUUCAACGGAACAUUCCGAAGACAGUUGCGGACGAAACUUGGCCAAAGCGGAGAGAAAAAGAAGAAGAAAGUCCCGCAGAGCAGCCGUAAAAAUUCAAGCAAUAGCUAGAAUGAAACUAGCUCGGAGAAAAUUAGCAUAUUUACAGCUCGAAAAACGAAUGACUGAAAUGGGGAAUUGCACCAGAAAAGAUAUUCGGUACGUGAAGGCCGAGCUGCGACGCCGGAAGAGGGCAUAUAAGGAGAAGGCAAUUGCUCGACUUCAAAAGCAAUUGACCAAAGAUGCAAAGGUUGAAGAAAACCAAAAGCUUGUUCUAGCCUUGAAAGAUGACAACACAAACAUCAGAGCGAGCAAUGUUAAAAUAUCCACCAACAUUCAGAAUCUUCAAGUAAACAACAGACGUCUCGAUAAAACAAACACUUCUGGAUCUGAGUUGUACGAGCAGCUGAGUCUUCACCACCAGAAGGUCAAGGCUGACAACGAAAAGCUGACAAAAAUCAACAACGACUAUAAGAAAAAGGUUGAAGAUUUGGAGAAAGAAGUAGAGGAGCGGACUCAUUUAUGUAACCUGGAGCAGUCUAUCCGGGAUGGAUACGAGCAAACAAUAGCCGCAAUUGUCGCACGAAUCAAAAGAACCGACUAUCAAGUCCUUAAGGAAGAAGUAGGCGGGAUUAUAGAAGUUUUGAACUCGCAGAGAGAACAUUGA